CAGGCACGCCGGACGCAAGGAUACAGGUAACUGCACUACGAAACCCCUCACCUUGUCAUGUUCGUUAUUAUUUCUCAAACCAGCUACGCGCCAAGGGCUUUUGAAGCGCUCGUUCUGCGCGAGGUUAUAUCCCAAUGCUAUACAGUUAACAUUCUUUAACGAUGACGAGGACGACUAGCUCGAAGGGGUCCACUCAAAGGUCUCUACGGACACCAUUUAGCAAGGAAAUACCUGGCCCUCCAAGAUUUGCUUCGUGGCGGUGGGGACGCGGAUCAAAGCUCGUUUGAUCAUGCGUCCGUCCCUGAGCCCCAUGUCGUGAUCUGUGGAUACGGCAGCCGUUCUUGCUCUCUUAUCCGCAUGCAUGAGCUCCUUCCACUUGAAAUCGCUUUACACAUUUCUUCAUAUCAACAAUGAUAGCAAGAGCUCGCUAGAAGCCAUUUCAAACGAACCAUCACCAAUAGAGAUAGGAAACAGUCUUUCUAUCCCUCUGAAGACCGAAAAUUCUACAGGCUCUCUGAAAAUCUCUGGCGAUAUAAUCCCCGACGAUGUAAUCUUUGAGAUUGCAAGGCAUGCAUCUCCUCACAACGUUCUUCAAAUGUGCUUGGCGAAUCGUGCUACAUAUGACCUACUUAAGCCUAUUCUGUACUCGUCAGUUGAUCUAAACUCUACCGAGUCCUGCCGGGCGUCCUUGAAGCUGUUCUCUCAACGUCCUGAUAUCACCGUCUGGAUACAAGAGCUCAUCUUAAGACCUAGCCACGGGUCUGGAUGGGCGAAGAGCUCCGAAACAAAGAUAGACGAGGACUGGGUAUCAUCUGUGGUCGAAGAGAUCAUAUCUAACGGACACCUGCGCGGCCUUACUUCCUUUCUAUGGGACGGAAUGGAGAGUCCUAGAGAUUCAUUGUGGACCGCAUUACGACUCGGCUGUCCACAUCUUCGAACCUUAGGCUCAAGUGUCGGCCCAAGAACCCAAAUUGUGAAUCCGGAUAGCGAUAUAUUCAACUUCAAGGAUCUCAAAGGUUUCUCUCUCUUUACUCAGCGGUUGCAGCGCUGGACGAGUUACACCGCGCAGCAGAAACUUCCCGUGCAGAUGUGGAAUAUGCUUCUUAUUCACAGCCCCCGAUUACAGUCCCUGUACAUCGAUGGCACCUGCCAUCUUUCUCAGCUCUGGGAAGUACGACCUAUGUUAACAGGCCGCUGGGAUCAGCUUCGGAGCUUUGCAGUAGGGAAUAUAUUCCCCAUCGAUGUUCCUAUUCAGGAGAGUAUCACAAUGAUGUCAAAUUUCCUGGAGAAUCAUUCCACACUGGAGAACGUCGCUGCUUUGGGGUUCAUGUCGUUUUCACACCAAUCGCUGAUAUCUCUUUCGAAAUUUCCCCAAUGGCACUCAUAUAGAGGCAAGCUACUCCAGUUGAAGAACGUUCCCAUUGAAUGUUCGCUAAGAAAGGUUGUGUUAAUGGAUUGGUUCAGUCCUACUGUUAAGUUAAACGAUAUUCCAAUUCUAGCUUCAAUCACUAGUCUAUCCAUUUGCGUCAACUUUCUGGAUAAUAGUAAAGAACAGUCGAAUUUUUUCUACCGUCUUCUCAGCACUUGUUGGAAUCUCCAGCACCUGGACGUCUCCUGCACGUCAUCGGUACUACUCACUAAUUUCCUCGGUUCCCUCUACCUCGCGCCACAGCUACGUUCUUUCGUGCUCACUAGGCCCCGGAAAGUGAAUGAAGAUGAUUUUACAAAGGCCGCGAUGCGUACGGCGCGAACACACCAUGGCUUACGCGAGUUUACAUUCAGGGAUGUGAAUCCUUGGGACCAUGUGGACUAUCUCAACGGGACAUUCAGGACGAAGAACAUAGGAACGUAUGUCGUUGUACGCGAUGAGGUUUCGCUGCCAUAUGUUCGAGCGCGAGAGGCCGGCGUCAAUGCUAUGGGUCGACGCUACAUGCGUUCAUUCAGUCGCAAUCUUCCGGCAGGUUCGAUGUUUCCUAUAGUUUAAUGGUAUCUUUAUCGUUAGCAUCUCGUAUGCAUACGACCAGCACAUGUUAUUAUGAGAGAUGAACGACAUAAUAAUGCCUCGCGGAGACAGGUGAAUCACGUGCCGUGUGACUAGACGCG